AUGGCGGAGGCGGAGGCGGGGGAGCAAAAGGGGGAGCGGCUGGAGGCCCCGGUGGAGCGGGUGGAAGCCCAGUGGUGCGGCGAGUGGCCGCGCGCCACCGCCCAUGCCACCAGCUGGCUCUCGGUGCACGUACUCGGGGCCACGGUGCACCAGACGCCCAGCGGCCGCCGCGUCUUUGAGACGGCCCUGUUCUUCGAGCGCACGGACGUCGGGACGGACCAGCAGGUCUGCGAGAGCUUCGUGGGCUCGCAGUGGCUGCGGCUGCAGUGUUCGGUGUCUGGCAUCUCGGUGCCGGCCAGCACGCUGUCUGGGGUGCCCAGCGCCUCGGUCGGCGCGCGGCAGAAAGUUUUGGAGGCCCUCGCAUUAGUCGGGCAUUCCUUCGCGUCCUUCUUUCAUCGCCACCUCGGCAAGGAAGUGGUCACGGAGCACCCUUCUUGCUCCCCGAUGUCGGGGUUCGGCUGGAUGAAGCCCAUGAAGUCCAACCUGGUGGCCUGCGUGCUGCCGCGCAGCGUGCAGUACCCCGCCGUUGUCGCCGUGGACCUGCUGGCCGCGGAAGGCUCGUUCCUCCAGCCCCUGCUCAUCGAGCUCUGCGGCGUCCCUGGCCGCGCCCGCGGUGCGGUGGUCUGCACCGAGCCGCUCCACGGCCUACACGGCAGCCGCGCGGUCGCCGAUUCCGUGGAGCACCAUUUGAAGAUCGGCUUCCAGGUGGACCUCUACGACGCGGAUGGCACAGGAGAGGACGCGUUCAGGCGCUGGGAGCACACGGGCCGGCUCCGCUACUUCCCGCGCUUUGUCCGCACGCACCUCGGCGAGCGGCUCGCCGGCGCGGAGGCCGCCGCCAUCCACGACCCCACCGCUGGGUGCAGCCUCGGGUUCCAGGAGAUCCACUGCCUCUUCCGGCACCGGGGCCGGAGCCGGUGGGUGGCCCCGCGGCUCGACCCGGACGAGUAUUUCUACACCCCGAGGAGGAGCAACGAGUCCUCCGUGCUGAGCGCCUUGUCCGCGCUCGAAGGCGCCAGGCACGCCUUCAUACCGUCGUUUGAGUUCGGCGGCGCGCCCGCUGCCAGCCGGGCGCGGGCCGUGCCCGAGCGCUUCUUCCUGCACUCGGGCAUCGCGAACCCGAGGUGGACCGUCCUCAGUUCGAGGGGUGGACCAGCGUAA